AUGGCUCUUGCUGUCAACAAAGCUGACAGCGUCCGAAUAGCUGACUGCCCAGGAGUUUCUCCACCUUUCAGUGGGGAUGAGAGUGUCUUCAAGCUACUUGCAUGUCUAAAUAAAGUACAUGUCACUUUGUCUCAUGAAACCAAGAGGAACCUAAUCGGAGACUUUGGCAGCUAUACAACAGAGAAAAUUGUUUCAAGGAUAUCAGAUGGUGAAAACGGAAAACUAAAUGGGGACAAUCUGGACUUGUAUGUUACGACAAACGAUAUCCGAAUGGAUAACAAGAAUAAAGACUACCACUUCUUGCCACUAUUCAUAUUGGACAGGGUAAGUGUGAGCAGUCUGGAUGACUCCAAACCAAUCGGAAAUAUAAACACUACAACAUACAGACAGUUUGUUCCAUCAGCAUGUGAAUCUCAAAAGUACAAGGAAUCACUGAAAAUCAUCCUUGGAAGGCUGCUGUCCGAGUAUGUUGAUGGUUUCAAGUGGAUGGAAAAUGUUCUUCUAAAACAUAUUCCACACAACUUUGAGGAAUCAAUGUCAAAGAAGUCAGAGGUUUUUGUUUUACCUGUCCUACUGAAGAAUGAGACAUCUUACUCAGAUUGUAUUCACAUUUUGAAGUCCUAUGAAAAGGAUUUGACUUCCUGGUACAUUAAGGCAGGCAGAGCUGCAGAGCUAGAUAGACUGAAGGUGCCCAUUGGAGGAGAUCAACUCACUAGAGUGCGGUUACAGGGAGCCAAAGGACUACAGGAUGGGUCUUUGACAGCAACAGACAGACUAGAGCAUUUAGAUCCUAUGAUUGUGGAAUUGUUUCAUACAGUGAUGGAUUUUUUGGAGAAACUGUACAAAAGAUUUUUCAACAAGUCCAGUGGAAGAGAGAAAGGCACUCUUUACAACCUGAAGAUACUUAUUCAGCGAUCAAAUGUAAACGGGAAUGUGAAGUCACGUUUUGAAGCCCAUGAAGACUUCAUCAUGACCGUUGGCUGUGGUUACUUCUUAUCGUACAUAUUACAUUUCUUCCAAAUGGAAAAUUUAUCAGAUGAACCUAAGCAUCCAUUGCUGUCAAAAAACAUGAAAAUGAGGCAUAAGGCUGACAAAGAAAAAGUCCUUUCUGAAAUCCUUGAAGAGGUAGUCAAUGGAUUAUUGAUAUUGUUUCCAGAAAAGGAGCCUGAUGUUUUGCUAACAGUGGAUGUUCUUGGAAUCAAGCAUACAGUUAACAGUUCCAUAGAUGGAAGGAUGCUGAAAUUUCAUUUAAACAUCAAUAACAGCAUGUUCCUGUUUAAUGUUACGCCUGCGCAGGUUGAAAAUGGAGUGACUAUAGAUGUUCCACUAACAACAGUGAACCUUCCUGUGACAAUUUCCCGUUCUACAGUUGCAGCUUCUGAUGAAUUGAAUGAUUACAUAACUCAACUUUUGCAGUGGUAUUUUGUCCUCUUAACUUUUAAGGAUUCCAUUAAGGAGGGCGAUACUUUUCGUACGAACAUCACUCUUAAGUUUUGUAUCCCUAUUUUCUUCAGUCACUCGGUUUUGUCAAAAUAUUUAGAAGAAUGUAUAGAUUACAUUCUCAAGACUGAAGUAAUGCUGACAGAGAAAAUGGCUGUGAAAGUCCGGUGUGGAUCAUUUGUUAAUCCUACUGGACAAAAAGGAGACAACAAAGCAGCAGAUCUUAAGAAAGAAAAUGAAGUAAAAGUAUUAAAGGAAUUAAUUAGAGGGUUAGGUUCAAACAAAACGGAGAAUUCUAUUGUGGCGAUAACUAAAGCAGCCCCAGUUAUUGACGAUAUUGUUGGUAAUUUCCAGGAAAUGUUGAACAUUCCGGUUAAGAAAACCCAUCACAGAAAGCGUUCUUUUAAUGAUGAUGUGAAAUGUGUUCUGAACACACUGAUCCCUUUAAAGGUUUGGACUCCACAGAAUGGAAGAAAACUUGAAAACUUCAGAAAUAUUAAGAAGUCACCAUUUGAUAUUGACCGAGGUCAUUUUGUGGAAAUUGUUGAAAAGAAAGUUGAAAGACUGAGAAAAGGAAUUUCUGUUCCUGCUGAUGACAACUCUGACAAUGAAGUUUGAUACAUCUGUAUGUGAAGAGAAUGUUUAGGGGUUUCUUUAGUCAGUUUUUGAAUAGAAGGUGUGAGUUCAAGGGAAGACUGUGACUUAUGAGUAAAUUAAGGUAGGUGUAGGUGGGUCUACCCGCCACCCUUACAACCAUAUUGCUUACUCACUAUAACCGCAUAUCUUCCAAUAUACAUCAUGAUCAGUGUAACAGUACUAGUGCAACUAUUGUUUCAUUUAUUACUUACCUUCACAACAAUUUUGAGAUGUCUACAUGAUUGUUACCAAGUGUAUUACUACCUAUUACAUGUAUAUAUUUUAAAUUUACUUUUACAUGUUUUUAUAUGCCAGUUUAUAGUGGAUAUCUAUGGUGUAGGACUGUAGGUGGGAAAUACCCAACACCCAGAUAGUAUUCUGCAAAUAAUGCACAUAUCCACAGAAUGCACAUAACCUAGGUGGGUACAAAAGUAUGCGAGAAUACUAUAAGAAAUAGUUAAAAACCAGUUGACGUGCAACACACUCGCCACCCAUACAGGUUACAUUCUUGAUAUAUCAAAACACAUUUACAUGUGUAUAUAUAGAUGACUAGUCUUAUGUAUUUGUGCUUCUGUGUGCAUAUAUAUUUGAAAAUGUUGAUUAAUAUAUAUAUAUACUCCUCAUUACUCGUUCAAUUAAUAUAUAUACAAUUGACUUCAUCGUAUGCCCCAAUUUCAACAGAAAUUACUUUUUGUAUCAGACGCAGUCGAAUCCCUGCUAGUUUAAAGUUCCUUGAUAUAUCUCGUGCAAUCUGAUGCCAAGUAAGAUGUAUAUACAGGUACCAGCAAGUGAGAAUCUGAGUCAUCGCUUUCGCUUGUUCAAUGCAUCUAUUUCAAUUCAUGUACUUAACUUUUCUGAUAAUAAAUUGUUUUAAUUGCAAUAUUUGAAUUCAUAAUAUGAGAGUCAUCGCUUUAGCUUGUUCAAUGCAUCUAUUUCAAUACAUGUACUUAACUUUUCUGAUAAUAAUUUUUUUUAAUUGAAAUAUUUUAAUUCAUAUACAUGUAUAUAUAUAUAUUAAGUAGAUCCUUGUUAAAUAUCUGCUAUAUAUAUAAUAUAUACACACAUACAAAAAAUGUAUGUGUAUAGCUCCAUAUAGCUUGACAACUUACUAAUGUUGAAUGCUAAAUAUUCACAGGGAUUUUAUUAUCAUUCAAUUAAUUCAAAUUAAUUAAUUGUUCAAAAUAUCAACUGUUUGCAUUAUGUUACUGCCUGAAUACUGUU